AUGUUCCCGUGCAGCCCGUGCAACUUCUUGGAGAGAGCGCGAACACCUUUGUUGGCCUCGCCAGCGAACCGUGCCAGGGUGGCAGGCAGACUAGUUGAGGUGCUCAAUGAUGAGAUUUACGGUCCUUUGAGGGCUGCCCACCAAGUGCCAGAGGAUUUCUUGGAGAAUGGGCAAAAGUCUCAGGGUCUGAAUCUGGAGAUGCCCCGCUCCGAGUCACACCAUGGCAAAGGCGGCCAAGCCCAGUUCGAAAGCGGCUGUCGGAGAUAUGUCAUCAAGUCCCUUUCAAAGGACGACAACGAAACGCUUCAGCGAAUCGCUGGGCCACUGGUCGAGAGGAUGUUAGAUGGAUCAACCAUGCUCUGUCCCAUCUACAUGCACUUCAAGGACAUCGCAACGGGUCAAUACUUUAUGGUCAUGCGGAACCUCACAGAGGGAGGUCCUUGGUCCGCCAAGUAUGACCUUAAAGGCUGCGAUGACGACAAAACCCUUGAGGUCAAUGGCAAGCUGAUUACACCUGUGCGCAAGCGGUUUUACCGCCCACAUAUGUGGUGUGCCUGCAUGUGGUCCAGCGAAAGAUGGGCAUACUACAGGGGCAAGGUUCAGGCGAGGACCCUCAAGUUAGGUCUAGCAGAAACGGCACGGCAAGAAGUGGUGAAGCAGAUUUCUGCAGAUGCGGACUGGUUGAUCAGUCAAAGCAUUAUGGACUACUCCUUGCUCAUCGCCAUUCGCCGACUGCCUCCAGACGUGGCAAAAUCCUGCGGCGCAGGUCCUUUGCCCGUGGCAGCCCCCACUUCUGCACCUCCAGGCCUUCACCGGUGGGCUAUGCUCGAUAAAGCUACCGGAGAGCUUGUAGUUAUUCACAUGGGCAUUAUCGAUUUUCUGCAGCCUUGGACAAUGUCCAAAGUCGCUGCCAUGUACAUCAAAUCAUUCGAGUUCAACAAGGCGACGGUGCCUCCUCCACAUUAUGGACAGAGGUUUGCCAAGCACUUCCAGGAUCGAUUAAAAGAAGAUGCUAAUCUGGUACAGCAACCUGAAACAGUCGCAGCUGCUGCUGAAAGUCGGUGCUCGGCCGACGAAGAACUGGAUGCAAAAGGCCAGUUGUUAGAGACCUGA